AUGUCUCCCGCUAUGCUGCAGGCGUCGUCGUUGUGCGUGUCCGCGGCGCUGUCAGGCGCCGCCAGCCGGCCAGGCCGCCUGGCCAGCCGGGGACAGUGCAAGCGGGCGGCCGUGCCGCAGCCUCUCGCGGCGAGUGCCGUGACAGAGGCAGCGCCGCCGGCACCUGCUGUCGUCGCGCCGCCGGCCCGCCCCGUCGACGCCCCGCGUCGUCGUGGGGGACGUGGCGGCGCCGGCGAGCUUGUGGCGUGGAAGAGUAUACGGCAGGAGAGGUGGGAGGGUGCUCUCGAGGUGGACGGAGAGCUGCCUCUCUGGCUGGAUGGCACGUACCUGAGGAACGGCCCGGGCCUAUGGAACCUCGGGGACUACGGCUUCCGGCACCUGUUCGACGGCUACGCGACGCUCGUGCGCGUCUCGUUCCGCGGCGGCCGCGCCGUGGGCGCGCACCGGCAGAUCGAGUCGGAGGCGUACAAGGCGGCGCGCGCGCACGGCAAGGUGUGCUACCGCGAGUUCUCGGAGGUGCCCAAGCCGGACAGCUUCAUGUCCUACGUCGGCCAGCUCGCGAGCCUCUUCUCGGGCUCGUCGCUCACCGACAACUCCAACACCGGCGUCGUCAUGCUCGGCGACGGCCGCGUGAUCUGCCUGACGGAGACCAUCAAGGGCUCCAUCCAGGUCGACCCGGACACGCUCGACACGGUCGGCAAGUUCCAGUACACGGACAAGCUGGGUGGCCUGAUCCACUCGGCGCACCCGAUCGUGACCGACACCGAGUUCUGGACGCUGAUCCCCGACCUUAUCCGGCCCGGCUACGUGGUCGCGAGGAUGGACACCGGUACCAACGAGAGGCAGUUCGUCGGCCGGGUGGACUGCCGCGGCGGGCCGGCGCCCGGGUGGGUGCACUCGUUCCCCAUCACCGAGCACUACGUCCUCGUGCCGGAGAUGCCGCUCCGCUACUGCGCCAAGAACCUCCUCCGCGCCGAGCCCACGCCGCUGUACAAGUUCGAGUGGCACCUCGAGUCCGGCAGCUAUAUGCACGUCAUGUGCAAGGCCAGCGGCAAGAUUGUGGCGAGCGUGGAGGUACCGCCGUUCGUGACGUUCCACUUCAUCAACGCGUACGAGGAGACGGACGAGGAGGGGCGCGUGAAGGCGAUCGUCGCCGACUGCUGCGAGCACAACGCCAACACCGCCAUCCUCGACAAGCUCCGCCUGCACAACCUUCGCUCCUCCGCCGGCCAGGACGUCCUCCCCGACGCCAGGGUGGGCCGGUUCAGGAUCCCGCUGGACGGGAGCCCGUUCGGCGAGCUGGAGACGGCGCUCGACCCGGAGGAGCACGGCCGGGGCAUGGACAUGUGCAGCAUCAACCCGAAGCACGUCGGCAGGGAGUACCGCUACGCCUACGCCUGCGGCGCCCGCCGGCCGUGCAACUUCCCCAACACGCUUACCAAGGUCGACCUGGUGGAGAGGACGGCCAAGAACUGGCACGAGGAGGGCUCCGUGCCGUCCGAGCCCUUCUUCGUGCCACGCCCCGGCGCCACCGAGGAAGACGACGGCGUGGCGAUCUCGAUGGUGAGCGCCAAGGACGGAUCGGGCUACGCGCUGGUGCUGGACGGCAAGACGUUCGAGGAGGUCGCGCGGGCCAAGUUCCCGUAUGGGCUGCCCUACGGCUUGCACUGCUGCUGGGUGCCCAGGAACAGGAACAAACAUGACGGCUGAUCCCAACACGUCGUCGUUGCCCAGUACGUACUGAUUCGUCUCUGCUGCUUGCUUCUUGGGCCUUCUGCGCAUCGAUCGAACCACAGUACGCACGUAUGUACUAUUGGAAAUUAGAUGUGUAGCUAGCAAGAUGGCAGCAUGCAUGCAGGCACGGCGGUUUGGUGGUGUUAAGAAAAGGUGAAAGGUAUACACUGCACGUGGUGAAUUGCUUGUACGUGCUGAUGAUUGUAACACAAGAUGUCGUAAUCGUGGGAAUGAAACUACAGGGGAGUGUAGUUUUAGGUUGUAGCACUGCACUCGGAUGUGUAUAAUGUGUACAUAAACCCUCCGCUACCAAAGUUCGUACUUCGUUGUUUAAUGUGUAGUACAGUGAAUAUACCUUCUUUUCUGAAACCAUAGAUAACUUGUUCACGUACUACUAUGUUUUUGCAUGGACUGAGGCCACAGGACAA